GGUGACGGUGGGACGGGGGGACGCAGAGCUGCCGCAGCUGGACCGGGCGGGAGCAGAACCACACCGCCCUGCUUUCAUCCUUCUCUGUGAAUCCGAGGAACUGAUCAUCUUUUUACUCCACCAUGAGGGAUUACACGGCCACCUCGAGCAACGAGGGAGGCUGCAUGCCGUGUUGCCAAGUUUGCGUUUUCGUUUUUACCGCAUUCCUGAUCGUUGCGGAGAGGACGGCCGUAAUCUACUGCUUUGUGUAUUACAUUUGGAUUGGCCACAACUACUGCUAUGCUCAUCUUGCUGGCUUCACGGCACUCUUCCUUCUACCAGGCUGGGGUCCACAGUGGCUCAGUUAUCUGUGGUAUCUCUCAGAUGGAAAAAUCCCCAGGAAAUCUCUCAGAUGGACUCACAUAUUACACCUGGGAAUCUUUAAAAGGCUGUGGGAUUGUAUGCGUCUCCCGGAUGAGGAUGUGUAUGGAGAAAUCAUGCAGCAGGCUGAUGUAUCUGCGUUACGUCUGUUUGAGGCCUUGGUGGUCACGCUCCCCGAAACGCUGCUCCAGACCUACGUACUGAUCUGUACCGACAUAGGCGUCCGCUCUCCUGCCUCGGUGUGUUUUGCUGUGUGUUUGCUGUCUCUGGCCUGGGCGCUGGUUCUCUACGCCAGAUCCUGCUCGCUCAUCAGACCGGGACACCUGCAAAUGACUCCAGCUGCCAUUCUUUGCCGGCUCCUGUGGAGGGUUGGCAUGUUGGGAUCCCGGUUUGCUGUGCUCAUGCUCUUCACACGCAUCUUCAAGCAGUGGGUCCUGGGAGUCAUUGGUGUGCACUGGCUGGGCGCGACUUUCUGGAUGGUGUCUCAGCAGACAGACAUCAUCCGUUCAACUGGUCGAUGGAGCAUUUUCAACCUCGUCCUGGGAGCCGUUCACGUCUUUCUCUUCCUCAACGUGAAGUACGGUCCAUCCAGAUACCGCAUGGCUGCGUUUUACCUGGUCAUGUUUUUAGAGAACGCUCUUCUUCUUCUGGCCUCCUCCUGGUUUUUUGCGAUGGUGUCCUGGGACACUGUGGGGAUCCCGGCUGCAGUCUUCUGCAGCUUCCUCAUUGGUGUGAUAGCGUUGGUGCUGUACUACCGUUUCCUGCACCCCAAGUCUUUUGAGAUCUUCCAGAGUAUUCGCCACAGGGGGAUCGGUGGGGCUUGCAUGGAGCGUGGAUCUACACUCUCACUGGAGGAGAAAGUCGAGCCCAAUUUCCAUCACCGUACAACAUUGUCUGGAGGUGGGACCCUCAUGGACCUGCCCAUCCAAUGGGAAGGCUGGAAGCAUCACCACUGGCUGCUGAUUCGUUUAGCUCUUAAGACAGGAGACGUUUCCAGGAUCUGGUCAGCGUACGGAGAAGGCGGACUGGCCGGACUCAUGGGUCUCCCCGAAGAAGUUCACUCCCCUGACAUGCAUCACGUACCCCGGGUUCCACCUCCUCAGCUGAGAGUUCUUCAAAUCUCACACCCAGUUCCUCAACCGGCCCCCCCACCUCCUCCACCACAGGUCGUCCAAACUCCUCAGGCAAGAUUCGCCAGCUUUAGCUGUCUUUUCUUUUCUGUACCCCAGGUGAGUGAAGUCGUCCAGCCACCUAAACCAGCUCACAGCAGCGUUGUGGCCCGACCAGUGAGAAAAGCUCCUCCCACAACCAUCAAGGACAUGAGAUUUCCAGAGAUCAUCCCUUUCCAGGAGGCCAUUCCUGAGGAAACCGCAGAGGACGAAUUAAGUGCAGCUCCAUCAGACGAUAAAGGUGAUGAGGACUUCCAGAGCGCUGCCUACGGCUCACUGUCUCUGUCAUCUCCUCAACAUGGCGGAAGCCUGCGCCACAUCGACAGCAACGCCGCGUCUCUCACAGAGGCGUCCUCCUCCGUGGCGUCUCUGGACAUCAAGACGCCCGGCUGGUCCCCUGAGCGCCGCUCUCCUCUCCUGUUGGCCUCCCCAGAGAAGAAGGAGGGAACCCCAGCAGAAUCCAACACUACUCUAUAUUUCAGUGCAGAUGCUCCGUCGCCGUCCAGCGGCAGCUACCUGGGCUGGGGCUCAGAGCUGUCGCCUAUUUCCUCCUACAGAAGACCCUAUCGGAUCAGAGAAGCCCGCUUUGUCACGUCCACUCCUCGACUGGAGGCUGCAGGUGGAGCUGAAAGCCCCGGCCCGGCGCCGGUUGUCAUCAUUCCUGCCACUCCCGGCACAACACCGGGUACCACUCCAGGAGGAACACCUGGAGCCACCACACCUGCAGCUUCCACUCCUGGUUCUGCCAUGCCUGGUACUCCACUCACACCAGUCAUCUCCCACGCUCGCAAACAGAUGGUGCAGUUUGUGGACUUUAGAGAGAAUUUAGUGUAAAGUAAAGGAAAAGCUAACAUUUCCAGUUCAGCUGUUCAAUAUAUAAAAGCAUUCUUGUAUUAACUAACUUGUUGGAGAGUUAUGAAAUCUUUUUAAGCAGUCAUAGAGUUCAUCUAUAAAUUAUUUAUCUUUUUGAGCAGACAGAUUAUAUUACAGAAAAUAAGAAUGUAAACUCAUGGCUCUUUCAAUAUCUGGACUGCAUACAGAUUUUUAAGAGUUAACCCUUAAAGGUGACCUAUUUUGCUUCCUUGCCCAUAGACCAAUCUUGGUUAGGAUAGGUCUGUGGGCAUUUUCUUUGCACAAAAUAAUUAUUAGAUGAUGACAUUUACUCUGUUCUUUUCAGAAUGAGCUGUUUUAGGCUUCAUGUCACUUUAAAUCCAAAUAAGCUGCUGGCCGCGCCCCAAAUUCAACGUUUACACUCACACAUGACAAUGGCUGAAAACAGAUACAUAAUUAUACAACCGUACAUCCUUGAAAAGCAUUAGAAGAGCCUUCUGUACAGCCAACAAGAACGUAUCAAGUGGUUUGUAGAUGGUAAAUCAUCAACUUCCAGCAGCCAUUGUACAGCAUACAGCAGUGAAACCAGCUGACCAAACAAGCUUCAGUCCCACUUUGGUUGCUAGGUAACAGGCAGGGCUCGUCUGGGGUUGCUAGGUAACAGCGCAGUGCCCACCUAAUGUCACUUAACAUUCAGGAGGUUUUUGAAGCGGCUCAUUUUCCAGACACCAUAAAACUUUAGCUUGUUUCCAAAAAACAGCUGGGUGUUUUUUUUAAACGUUUGGCUGUUUUUAGAAGCAGUAGAAACACAAAUGACGUACAAAAACCUGCAAAUAUGACAUUUGGAUAAGAGGUCCAACUAACGUUGCAGAGUUAUGAGAUGUUUUUAGGUCAUCAUAGAGUUCAUCCAUGAAUUAUUUAUUCUGUCUGCUCUUUUGUGCAGACAGAUUAUGUUACAUGAACUAGGAAUGUAAAGUGAUGGCAUUUCAAAUAUCUGAGCAUUACACAGGCUUGUGACAGUUACCACUUGACACGUUAUUUGUUUGUUCGUGGUCCGCUGGUAUGGGAUCAUGUUAUCGGUUUCAAGGUUUGAAAAGUGUGAACGUCUUCACGUGAAACAUUAUAUAGAAUAUGAGGUGAAAUUACUAUUAUUAAAGGAUCUCAGUAACUCAUAUAUUAUAAAGAUUCAUUGUACAGGUAGGGAUUAAAAUCGAUUACUUUUGUUAAUCUUGAUGAAAUGGAUUAGAGUUAAUGAUGAGCCAAACGUCUUCAAAGUUUCAUAAGUCUGAAUAUUAGACAAGACUAAUAAAAAAAAUGACCUUUAAUAUAACAUUAUAAGCCUACAGAAAGUGUUGAUGUCUACCACACUUUUUCCUUCCACUCAACAUUCCAUUCAUAUGAUUGGAUUCGGAUCUCCAGAUACUUUCAAGGAAAUGGCUUUCACACUGUGAAUAAUAUCAAUGACUGAAAAAACUGCAUGGUUUCUGUAUUAAAAUACUUUUUAAAUUAUCCUUGGUAAUUUUUAAGUUUUAUUAACAGCUUUAUUUUGAGUUUCGGUUAGCUGUUAGCAAUAUUUAUCGCUUAAUGCAAUACUUCCAGGCAAUAUGCGAGUUUCACCUUGCUGCAUUAAAUUGUGCAUCAACAAUUGCUGCCUUCAAACGGACUAAUUAAAACUGAUAAUAACCCAAAUAAUUAGUAGAGAUAUCCACAUUGUCUUCAUUUGGAUUUUAAUUUAAAACAUAUAUUUUAAUGUGUGAGAUAAUGUUGAAAACCUUGUUGAUUGAUCUGUUCAUGUUUUUUUUCCACUCUUUGGCAAACUAACAAAAAACGGAUAAUGUGCAUAUUUUCCAUACACGAUUUAAAAUACUCUCCCUGUUGUUGAUCACAGACAUCGCUGCGGCCAGUGUGUGUUAGAUUAUUAAUUAAUCAUUAUCAAUAUGCAACACAAGUCUUCUCAUUUGUUUUUACUUUGCUCCAGCCUUUCUCAGGUUCUUACAAUAGUCCUGAUCAAUAUUUCAUGAUUUCUGAAGGUUUUUCUGCAGAUUGUUUUUGUUGCUUGUUAAGCUGCUGACCUCUGAAUCAUUCAGGCAUGAAACAGAGUUUUGAGCAAAGAUAUUUUGCCUCAUAGUUGAUGGCAGUUUGUCGCAAAAAACAAACUGUUUUUGCUCAUUUCUUAAGCUGAAUCUAUGAACAAAUACCAGAGCUUAAUAUUGUAGUACCAAAAAUGUGAUGUCCAAGAAACUGCUAGCUGAAAACCAGUGGUUUGUAACUCCAGCUAGUAAAGAAAUUUUGAUUUAUUGAACUACUGGUGGUCCCCAAACUUGCAGCUUGUGACUAGCAAAAUGGCAGCGUAAGAAAUUCACCAUCCUACACUGUUAAAAUACAGACGUUUCAUUUAGUCUCAGGUGGUUGCUAUUUGGUCAUGUGACGGUGAUAAACGCAGCACAGGAUUGUUUCCAGGCAAUGGAAAAGCAAUGUCAGCGUUUUGGUUGUUUUCUUACAGUGUGAAAAAGGAAGGGAAGGAUAAAAUAUCAUGUUAUUGGUCAUAGCAGCACUGUUAACAUCGGAUUUCAAUAUCUGUCCAAAGUUUCAUGUUGGUGCCUUCCUACUUGUGAACGCUUCAUAAUCCUGAUCAGCUGAUCUGCACAAGAACAGAACAGAGGAUUAAACAGCUGCUAGGGCAUAAUUUAUUAAAACUGUGGAGAUUUUAAGAGUCCCUCGGUGUUAUCAAACUGAUUUAGAAAUAAGUUUUGUUGUUUAAAUUUAAAAUAAUGACUUACUUAAACAUCUUGAGGAGUGAUUUCAAAAUAAGGUGCAGGAAAAUAAGUUUGCGUAUGUAGUUCUGAUUCUAAUCCAGCAUCUUACCGUUACUGCUCUGCAAAAACACAAAAUCUUACCAAAUUGUUUUGGUUUAGUUCCUAGUGCAAAUGUCUUAGCUCACUAAGACAAAAUCAACAAGUAACUCUUUAGCUUCAAAUAUGAGCUUGUUUAAAGUUAAUAAUUCCUUACUAUUGAUUUUUAAAAAGUACUAGAUCCACUGGCAGAUUGGAAAAAACUCGUAUUUUUUUUUUUGCCAAUAUUAAGGAAUUAUUUGCUUAAAACAAACUCCUCCAUCUGGCUGCAAAGUUAGUUUAGUCUAAUUUCAAGUCUACUAAGAUAUUUGAGUUACAAACUCGACUAAAAAUGGUAGAAAUUGGUGCGUUUGCAGUGUGAGGUGUUGGGUUUCUGUUUCUUUUUAUCAUCCUGCUGUAUUUUCAAAACUAAACUGCGGCGUUUCAGGCACGGUGAUCAUGAUGGCUGCUGGUUUCUUUUUUUUUUUUUACAGAAGUAGCACUUACUGACUUGGUGGAAAUGCAGAUAAUUAUAGUUUAAUAAGUUCUUGAACCAGUUAGGCACUGGCACCAGUUUGGUGAGAUGAGGCCUAAAAGAGACAGCAUCAACUGCCAAUACAAUACAUUUAUUUUAUCUUGUCGUAGAUACUGUUUUUAUCUCUUCUAAUACUUUUAGCAUAAAUGUGCUUCUCCAUGAUCUCUCUGGUAAUUUAGUUUAAUUUCUGAAGCGAUCUCACCCUCAUCUUAUAUUAGGAAACCACAGAUAUGGACCACUUAAUAUUUCAAAGCCUUCAACUAUUUCAAAGCAAAAUAAAAUUUAAAAAAUCAAGAUGGACUGUCACCUGAUAUUUGUUUAUUAUUACUUAUAUUUCAUUUAUUUCUAAACUUUGACUCAUUUCCUUAUUAAAAAAUAAAUAACUAGAUGGUUUUCAUUCCAAGCUAACAGUCUGCUGGAAGGAAAUGACUACAAAAUUAAAAUGAAUGACCAAUUUUCACUAUGUUUACUCAAGACUAAGGUCAGAAAACCAGAUACUAAGACAAGGAAGGAAAAGGUAGGGAAAGACAACAAAACAAAGCCAGAAUGCCAUGGAAGUAAAAGAAAAAGCAAAAUAAACAUAACUUAAGAAACAAUGAAAAAAACGGAUUAAAUUAGAUUAAAAAGUGAAUAUGUAGAAAAGGUUCAAUCAAAAAAAUGUUAAAUGGUUGAACUGAUGUUUUAUUCUUGUCUUCCAUUAUGUCUGUUGUGUUGAGUUUUCAUAGCGCUGUGAUAUUAUAGCAAAUAUCUUAAUACAUCAGUGCUUUUGAACCUGUGAAAUAAAUGUGUGGUAUAUUUCAUAGGCAGGUAAGCUGCUCUUGUGUGAAGUAAUGAAAACAGAAGAAGACAUUAUAAAAGAAAGAGCUAAAGCUGACAUGCUUAGAGCCGCUCCAUUACUAAGAAACAAAUCCAUUCACAGCAUCAUCACUGCAUGGUUCUCAAAGAAGCAUAUAGGAAGAAAGGACAGUACUUUGAAAAGACAUGCACAGUAUUGUAGCUAACAUUAAUUUGUAUGUGUAUGCAACAGCAAUAAGGCAGCUUAUGCAAUGGAUAUCUCACAGGCUACUGAGGAAAAUGCUUUACACCAGAAACGCUUCGCCUUGUAGAAAUACAGUCAGCUGCCACACUUGCCUGCUUUCCUUUCUGUACUUAGAAAAUAAGAAUGUUUGUUGUAAAAUAUUUUCAUUGGAUUUUUAUGUUUUCAAUUUAAAAGUGAAGGUUUAUGUUGGAUGUUUGUGUAAAAAGCAGAUUUGUGUGAAGUGUAUCACUGAUGCAAAAACUUGUGUUUUCUUCUUUUUUUUUUUUUUUUACAAACAAGCAUCACCUUAUUUGUGCAAGGCUUUACACAGGACCUAUGUGGUAGAAGUGACCCAUAAAGUGUGUUAGUGAUGUGACAAAAAUAAAGACAUUUAUCAUGACACAA